AUGAUAGAUAUCAAAAGGUUACAAAAUAUUCAAAUAAAGCUUCAUAAAAUGAUUGAUAAUCCAACAAAACAACCUCGUUUCGAAGGUAAACAUAUAAGGCAUGCACCAUCAAAACAGUUCAAAUAUUCCGAUUUGGAAACUUCAGUACAUAUAAAAUCUUCAACUCCAUAUAUAUCAGCUAUAAAAAGAAUAAAUAAAUUAUUAAAUAAACUACCCAAAUCUCAACCAAAAUUUAAAGAAAUUACAGUCUUGGGAAUGGGUGCAACUAUAGAGAAAACUUUAAGUAUAGGUGUUUAUUUUCAAAAAGAUCAAGGUUUAAAAGUUGAUAUUUUAACUAAAUCAGUUGAUGUAUUGGAUGAAUUUGAUGAUGAAGAUUUAGAUCAUGAUACAAUUUAUAAAAAGAGAAAAGUUACCGCUGUGGAAUUACGAAUUCAUAAAGAAGAAGAGGAAUAA